CGCAGGGUCACAGUUGGGUGCAGCUCCACCAGAGAAGGAAGCGGAGUUUCCGGCUGUUUGCAGCGUAGAGGAAGGAUUGCUGACGCCGUGAAUCCCCGAUACAAACUCCGCCGGUUCGGGGGCUACGAAUUUAUUCUUUCUGGUUUUUGUGGUACCUUUCUUUUUAUUUCACGUCCCAAGUGGUUUAUACUCUCUCUCUGGCGCCGAGGGGGGUCCGGCAGCACAGCGAGCUAAGAAGCUGUAAAGGGCGCGGGGGUGAGCCACCAGCUACCGGCAUGGCCAGGGACUACGAUUACCUCUUCAAGCUGCUCAUCAUUGGUGACAGCGGAGUGGGGAAGAGCAGUCUCCUCCUGCGAUUUGCAGAUAACACAUUUUCAGGUAGCUAUAUCACCACAAUUGGUGUGGACUUCAAGAUCCGAACUGUGGAGAUCAACGGUGAGAAGGUGAAACUGCAAAUCUGGGACACAGCAGGACAGGAGCGCUUUCGCACCAUCACCUCCACGUAUUAUAGGGGAACACAUGGAGUCAUAGUGGUUUACGAUGUCACGAGUGCCGAGUCCUUUGUCAAUGUCAAACGAUGGUUACAUGAAAUUAACCAGAAUUGUGAUGACGUGUGUCGAAUAUUAGUGGGAAAUAAGAACGACGACCCCAACUCUAAGGUGGUGGAGACGACUGAUGCACAGAAGUUUGCUGAGCAGAUGGGAAUUAAUCUGUUUGAGACGAGUGCAAAAGAGAACAUCAACGUUGAAGAGAUGUUUAACUGCAUCACAGAGCUGGUGCUAAGAGCCAAAAAGGAGGUGUUAGCAAAGCAGCAGCAGCAGCAACAGAACGACGUGGUCAAACUCACCAGGAACAGUAAACGGAAGAAAAAAUGCUGCUAACAAACCUGCCAAGAAAAGGCCACACAUGCACACAAACACAUGCGUACACAGACACAGUGGGACUCAGAGCAUCUAAAUUAAAGAGCAGAAAAAGAUUUAUUACAUAUACAUUAAAAGAUUUAAACGAAUAAAUGGAAAAUUGUCCCCUUUGGACAGACUAAUCAUGGAGACUUUUAAAAUAAAUGUACAGAUUUUAUCAAACAUCAGAAUAAGUUUUAUUUGGAAUUCAGCAGAAGGGCGCUAUUGACCUGAAGGUUCUCCCCUCCGAGGAUCUGCGAGCUGACAACUGACUGCCAUAUUUCCCAGAUUUAUAUCCAAAUAAAUCCCAUCUAUGCUCUUUCUGCAGUAUCUCCUCUCUCCUUCUCAUUCCACUGCACAUGGGACAUUUAGAGUCAGGUCGGACUCUGCGCCUAAAGAGAAGGAGGAGGAGGAGGGCUUCCCCUUUUUGGAUGUCCCUUUUCUUUGCUACUUUUAUUAAUUUGUGGGAGGCGGGGGGCAUGAUGAGUGGAAGGCAGGGGCUGUCUGAUUGGUCCGGAGAUUAUCUUUUUCAGCAGCGGUUUGAGUCAAAGCCAGGGGUGUUGCCACUUGUUUUUACAGUUUCAGACACGGGUCAUUUCACAACUCCCGCCAACUGAUCAUCCAGAAUCAUGAACUGCAAGAUUUUUUUUGUUUGUUUGUUUUCUUGUUUUUCUUUGACGUGAUGGGAAAAAUAAAUCAAAGAAGAAAGACAAUGAUUUAUAGUCGACUUUUAGCAAGCAAAUUCUAUGGACAUAAACUGGUGACUUGUCAUGUUUGAUUUUGUUUUGUGGAUGUUUUGCCAAGCUUCCCAACAUGUCCCCUCUAACCUCUAGUAGUGCUGAGCCAACAUUAACUGACUUAUCUCUUCUCAUUUAGUUGUCUUGUUAAAGUGCAUCAAAACAUUCAUCACUGUAGUCUUACUUUUAAAAUUUUAAAAUCUUCUCCACAUUUAUUUCAACAAAUGAAACUGCCAAUAAUGUAGAUUAAAAUAAGGGUUGUGGUGAUUCAGGGACCCAGUUGAGUCCUCAGGAAUCGCUCAGGACUAAGUCGCCUCCCUCUCGUUCUAUAGUUCUGUAUAUUUUAUACCUACAUCUCAUCACCUGUCAGCAACAAACUCACGUCCAGUGUUUGACCGUUAAUGGACUGCUGGGAAGGUAAUGAUCUGAAAAUAAUGCCACAGCUCUUUCACAUUGGCCACAGUUUCCGUUUCCCAAAGCAUAAUUUCAAACAGCUCAUCCAGUUGAAAUAAAAUAAACUGAAUUGUCACUAAUACAUGUCAGGUAGAACUAUGAAUGAACUGAAUGUUUAUAUUGGCAUUGGAGGGAUUUAAGAGGAAACUGGUAGUACAAGCAAAAGCAGGCAGGCAGAUUGACGCCUACCCUUAAUGUCACUAGACUAAAGAACAUUUGGUUUACUUCACUGGUGUAAACCCUUAACUGUGUUUAGGAACAGAAAGUGUCAUUAGGCUGAAUGUCAUAUAAAAGUCAGAGAUACUUUCAGGCAGUGGUUCUUAACCUGGGUUCAGUCAAACCCCAAGGGUUUGAUGAGUCAGUCUCAGGGGUUCGGCGGAGGACAAGACACACACCCGACUCAUUUGAUUCGUGAUGACGAAUCAUUGUUAUUGCUUGGCCGUCAUUAGGUGAGUGUGCAUAUGAAACCGGUGAGGUUCAAUACCUCAAACAAGGUCAAGAACCACUGCUUUAAGGAUAUGAGUCUUCCCACGAGAGGCUACUUCUCAUCUCAUUGUAACAUCAGUUAACAUUUUCCUGAUAGAACUGUGGUCCAGUCUCAAAGUCAUAUCUGAUAUCACGUUUAAUAGAAGACGACCUGGAACUAUUGACUGACGCCCUACAAUCAUAGGAAUGGUUAACUGAUGGGAGUGAAGUGAGAUCUGAUUUUGCUGAAGGCUUUGGCUUGAUCUGUCCAGUUUUUAUAUACAGUCCAGUGCAAACUAGGGAUGGCUUGGUCCCGUACUCAGGGUCGGUAUUAGUCCAAUAUUGGUCAAAAUUUCAGGAUCAAAUAUCGAAAAACAACUAUAGCCCAUCCGAUACUAUACCGAAGUCCAAAUGCUCAACUUCACUGUGCAACAUGACGUAAGGUUUUAAAUGGAACUCGAGCCCAAUCAGGAUCACAUUCACGAUGGACACCUACAACCAACCCAAACAGUUGGGGUCUCAGUGUUUACAUGGAAAUUUGGUGUGAUGUUUUUGAAAAAGGAAUAACAAACUUCACAUGCAUGUACAUUUCCUUGUUGUUCUUUGUGUUAGGGACUAAUGUCAAGUUUCUCUAUAUUUCAUUCAACUGUUGGCAUUUCUCUGUCAUCACUUCCUCCUCAUUUAACUGAGAACUUAACUGAAGUUUUACCUGAGAGUGUUUCCUGAUGAGUGUGUGACAAUGGGAAUGCUACUGAGAACAAACAGCAAUGAAAUACUUCAUCUCUGGAUUUCUGUGUAUUCAUGCCACAACUCUCGUCCGUUUGCGUCGUGUUCACCAUCGGAGGUUUUACGCAAAUGUCUCAGAAUUAUAUUAUUUAAUUUUUUUGGUUUUGGAGAAAGAGCGAUAAGAG